GCUACAUCGUCGCGAGGGGCGGGGCGCCUGUCAGGGAAGCGGUGCGCGCGGGUGGCGGGCGGGCUGGGGCUUCUCCGCACAGUGCCAGCGCCAGCGCCAGACCCGCCCGCACCCCGCGCUCUCCCUCACGCGCGUCGCCUCUCCUAGGACUCUCUAGCCCGCACUCCUGCUCUCAUCCUUGAGCCAUCGCAGGAUGGAGCUGCUGUGUUGCGAGGGCACCCGGCAUGCGCCCCGGGCCGGGCCCGACCCGCGGCUGCUGGGGGACCAGCGUGUCUUGCAGAGUUUGCUCCGCCUGGAGGAGCGCUACGUGCCGCGAGCCUCCUACUUCCAGUGCGUGCAAAAGGAGAUCAAGCCGCACAUGCGGAAGAUGCUGGCGUACUGGAUGCUGGAGGUGUGUGAGGAGCAGCAUUGCGAGGAGGACGUCUUCCCUCUGGCUAUGAACUACCUGGAUCGCUACCUGUCGUGCGUCCCCACCCGAAAGGCGCAAUUGCAGCUUCUAGGUACCGUCUGCCUGUUGCUGGCCUCCAAGCUGCGCGAAACCACGCCCCUGACUAUUGAGAAGCUUUGCAUCUACACGGACCAAGCUGUGGCUCCCUGGCAGUUGCGGGAAUGGGAGGUGCUGGUCCUGGGGAAGCUCAAGUGGGACCUGGCUGCUGUGAUUGCCCAUGACUUCCUGGCCCUGAUUCUGCACCGCCUCUCUCUGCCCAGUGACCGGCAGGCCUUGGUCAAAAAGCAUGCCCAGACCUUUUUGGCCCUCUGCGCUACAGAUUACACCUUUGCAAUGUACCCUCCAUCCAUGAUCGCCACGGGCAGCAUUGGGGCUGCAGUGCUAGGCCUCGGCGCCUGCUCUAUGUCUGCAGAUGAACUCACAGAGUUGCUGGCCGGAAUCACAGGCACUGAAGUGGACUGCCUGCGUGCCUGCCAGGAGCAGAUCGAAGCUGCCCUCAGGGAGAGCCUCCGGGAAGCUGCUCAGACAGCCCCCAGCCCUGUGCCCAAAGCCCCCCGGGGCUCUAGCAGCCAGGGGCCCAGUCAGACCAGCACUCCCACAGAUGUCACAGCUAUCCACCUGUAGCUUGGGACAGGCCCCCUCAGGUGGCCACCAAGCAGAGGAGGGGCCACUGCCACCCCCUCCCUGCCUCUAGAACAAUCCAUGCCAUAUCUGAAGCCCGAGGGGGGCUCUCCUUCCCCUCACAAAGCCCAAGGGGCCAGGUCCUGCCUAUCCCCACAGUGUGCACUAAGGGGCUGCUUGGUCAUGAGGGUGUCUACAUGGCCAGUCAGCUCCUCUUCCUUCCCACUCAACCAGCUUGGCUGUCCUGGGCCAUGAUGGUCAGAGAAAUACAAACAGGUAAAAUCUACACACCAGCAUUUCUUUUGAGUCCCUCCUGUCUGGGGCUCCAACCUUCUCUUUGCCAAAACGCCCCAGUACCUUCCAAAGGUGUUGCCCCUUGCAGGGUCAUUGCAUUUGGAUUCGGGUCCUUCAGACAUCCCGAUAGACGCAUAUGAGGAACCAACCUAGAUGGCCGCUGUGUAAUCCUGUACUCCAGCUGCUCUUAGAGGGAACAGCUUAGGCCUUGGCCAGAAGAGCAAGAACCCAUAGAUUGUUGCUUUGCUUCCCGCUUAGCUUCUAUGAUUGAGGGGUCUUGAGGGGUGCUGAUGGUCAUUUUAAUUUAUUGCUUUGAAUACAACUGUAAGAGGGUACAGUGAGGCCUGUACCCCACAAGUGGUGGUAACCCUGGCGGUUGCUGUUUCCCUCCCCUCCCCUCUGCUAACUGCUUUGUGGCCCAGGAGCUGCUAUAGCCUGGGAUGGGGUCAUGCCUUCCUCUCCUUAGCCCUCCACCUCAUCUUCAGUGGAGAGGGUUUAACUAGGGAUGGAUGCUGUGGAGGUGACUGAGCUAUCUGGAGAGAGGGCAAGCCCUAUGGACACAGGUCUUUCCUCAGGCCACAAGGUUUGGGCUGGUGGCCCAUUUCUAUCAUGCUGCCUUAAUAAAGAUUUCGGA